AAUCCAACUCCGCUCGCGGGAGGCCAAUAGAUGUUCUCAAAAUUAAAGCCUGUUUCUCAUGGAAAAAAUAUCCGUCGGCAAAAAUUUCCAUCUUGAGUUGAUGAGACGUAUAAAGUUAAUAAGGGAGCUCUGCUUCUCUGGAAAAAUCAGUGAAGCAGUCAAGCUGUUGUUCACUUGCGACCAUUACUGUGAUCCCCAGACCUAUGCUUUUCUUCUUCAAGAAACUAUAAACCUUAAAGAAUCCAAGCUCGGAAGAAGAAUCCACACCCACAUGAUAAUCAAUGGCCAUGUCCCCAAUCACUAUCUAACCACAAAGCUCGCCAUAUUCUAUGCCAAAACUGGGGUUUUGGACUCUGCCCGUUACCUGUUCGAUGAAAUGCCUCAUAGAGGCUUAGUCCCUUGGAACGCGAUAAUCUCGGGUUAUGUACAAAACGGUCUUGAACAACAAGGUUUGGAUCUCUAUUACUCAAUGCGGGUUUCUGGACUGUGCCCGGAUCACUUCACGUUUGCAUCGGUGUUUCGAGCUUGUGCUGGACUGGCGAAACUAGAGCAUGGCAAGCGAGCUCAUUGUGUUAUGAUGAAGAUACCAAAACUGAGGGAUAAUGUGGUUGUCAGUAGUGCACUUAUUGACAUGUACUUCAAAUGUACUAGUCCUUGUGACGGCCGUCGUGUAUUUGAGAGAGCUUCAGAUAGAAAUGUUGUUUCUUGGACAGCUUUGAUAUCAGGUUACGGUAAUCAUGGUAACACGACAGAGGCUCUUUAUUUGUUCCAUCGAAUGAUAGAAGAAGGGACCAGACCAAAUUAUGUAACUUUUUUAGCAGUUCUUUCUGCUUGUAGCCAUGGAGGAUUCAUUGAUGCAGGAUGGAAGUAUUUCAAUUCCAUGGAAAAAGAGUAUGGGAUUAUACCAAAAGGGGAACAUUAUGCUUCGAUGAUUGAUAUGCUUGGUCGAGCAGGGAAAUUAGAGGAGGCUUUCGAAUUCAUCAAGAAGUCACCGUGUAAAGAACAUUCAGUGGUUUGGGGUGCUCUGCUUGGUGCUUGUAGGAUCCACGGUGAUGAGAAAUUGGGGAAGAUUGUGGCGGAAACUUUUUUUGAAUUGCAACCGGAUAACAUUGGGAAGCAUAUUGUUUUGUCGAACACCUAUGCAGCUCUUGAUAUGUGGGAGAAAUCUGCUGAGCUUCGUCAAAGUAUAGGUAUGCUAGGGACGAAGAAAGAACCUGCGCUAAGUUCAGUUGAAGUAAAGGGGGAAGUUUGGACUUUCCUUGUUGGAGAUAAAUCUCAUGAAGAAAGUGAAAUGAUAUACGAAACACUCAAUGCAUUGAAUUUCACAUUGAUGGAAGGAGGUUGAAUUAUGAAUUGAGAUGUAGAUGAUCUUUGAUGAUGUUGAGUUUAUGGUAAUCACGUCCAGCUUCCUUAAGCACAUGAUGCUGGCAAGAAUUUUUGUGGAGGUAAAGAUUACUGAGAGGAGCAGUUCGCAUUGACUGCCGUGAGAACCAUGUGAUGGUUAUGGAUUUUCGAAGUUCUCAGAG